AUGGCUAACUAUCUCGCUUCAAUCUUCGGUACCGAGCAGGACAAGGUUAACUGCUCCUUUUACUACAAAAUCGGCGCCUGCCGUCAUGGCGACCGCUGUUCCCGAAAACACGUCAAGCCCUCAUAUUCGCAAACAAUUCUCCUCCCAAACCUCUACCAGAAUCCGGCAUUCGAUCCCAAAAACAAGAUGAACCCCAGUCAGCUGCAGAACCACUUCGACGCCUUUUACGAGGACUUCUUCUGCGAAAUGUGCAAGUACGGCGAGGUAGAGGAGGUCGUCGUGUGCGAUAACAAUAACGAUCACCUGAUCGGUAAUGUUUAUGCUCGCUUCAAAUAUGAGGAAGACGCGCAGUCGGCUUGCGACGCGCUAAAUGCGAGAUGGUACGCGGCGCGUCCUAUCUAUUGUGAACUAUCGCCUGUUACGGAUUUCAGGGAGGCCUGUUGUCGGUUAAACAGCGGAGAAGGCUGUGUAAGAGGAGGAUUCUGUAAUUUCAUCCACAGGAAAGAACCAAGCAAGGACUUGGAGAGAGAAUUGGAGCUAGGGAUGAAGAAAUGGCUGAGGGCCAGAGGAAGGGACAAGAGGAGUGUCAGCAGGAGCGUUUCGCCGGCUGAGGGAAGGCGCAGACGGGAGUAA